GCUGACAAACACCAAGAAGAAAAACGAAAACAGAAGAAGAAUGCUGCGGUUGUCUAAUGCUUAUCUUGUGUGCGUCAAAGAGUGAUUUUAAGGAGGGAUGCUGAGUAUCUGCUGACAGCCAGCCGUCCGUUCAGAACACAGUAGAAGAAAUGCCGCCUUUAGUGGGAGUGGAGCUGAUCCAGACCCCCGUGCAGCUCUAUCGAUACCUGCUGAGAUGCUGCAGGCGGUUACCGUCCACGCCCAUGCAGCAGCAUUAUCGGCAUGCCAUACGACAGGGUUACAAUAGUCACUCAGAUGAAGACGACCCAGAGAGGAUCCAGAUGAUCAUCCAGAGGGCCGUCAAAGAUGCAGAGUGGAUUUUAGAGAAAUAUGCCAAGAAGAAGUAGCCUCCAUGGGAGAUGGAGCGUACAACAUCAUGUAAAUAUUGUUCUGUUUCCAAUAAAUUAUUGCAAAGUCA